AUGCAGCACCUGAAGGUAAACAUUUGCCAUAGAACACCCACAGUGUUGUGUCCAUCUGAUUACUCUGUCCACCCAAUCCAGGCGCUCUGUUUCGUGAGACCAAUCGAGGAAAACAUAACAAUAAUCAUCGACUAUAUGAAACGGCAAACGUUUGGUGGAUACUACAUUUUAAUUUCGCACCAUUUUUUUUCGGCCGUUUCCAAAGUCUUUUCCCAUAUUGUCAAAGAAACACUUUUACAGCGGCUCGCUGAGAGAGACGAGAAAGAUGCAAUUUUUCUGGUUCAGGAGCGUGGUGUUUUCUUGAAAGAAGUCGCGUUGCAUGUUUGA